AUGUACAAAUUAAUACUAGCAACUGUGAUAUUGUUAUUCUUCUUAAUCUUAGACAAUCUUUUUGGAAGCUUAACAUACAAUAUAAGUAAUGAAAUUACUAAGUUUCUUCAAAUUUAAUUUGAAUAUGGAAAAGAAACUGGAUUUUUCGGUAUAAAUAUUAACUAUAUUUUAGAAUACAUACUCCUAAUAUUUUCAACUGCAGGAGAUGCAGAAUGUACUAAUAUUUUAACUCUUUUGAUAUGGAUCAAAGCUUAAAACAAAAUUUAGAUAUUCAAGCUUAUAACCAUGAAUGCAAUUGCUGCUGCAUUUGGGAACUUUAUCAAGAUGGUUAUGACUUAACCAAGACCAUUUUACUUAGAUCCAUAGAUCAAACUGGAUUUCUGCUAUACUGGAUUUGGAGAUCCUAGUGGACAUUCUUUAAGAUCAUUUGUAUUCUAUACAAUACUGAUUGAAACAAUUAUAUUAUAAAAAUACAACAUUUAAGAGAACAGUACAAAUAUUGAAUCAGAAAAACAAGUUUAGAGUUUUAAAGAAAUCUCAAAGUAUUUAAUUUCUGUUAUUAAUUUUAGUUCUGAAUUAUAUAAAUAGAUUUAUUCAAAUCAAUAUGUAUCCUACUCUAAAUGCAAAUUAUUUAUUGCAAUUUUUGCAUUCUUAAUUGGAAUUGGAAGGUUAUAUUUUGGAGUUCAUUUUUUGAAUCAAAUCAUAAUAGGUUGGGUAAUAGGAGGAUAUAUAAUUUAUGUAUAUUAUUAUUGUGGUUUGGAGAAAAUGAUAGAAAUAGCUUUCAAAAACUCUUUAUUGUUGAACUCAUACAGAUACCUACAAAUGUUAUUGGCUUCAUUUUUGAUAUUUACUUUUGCAUAUAUCUUAUAUUUUGAAAGACAUUAUGAACAAUCUUUAAUAGAUUUAAAAUAAUAAUGGAAAUAAAAUAUAUUAAAGUAACCACAAUGUACAACAGGAGGAGGGUACAAUCCUAAAAAUAAAUUUGAAACUCAUGAUAUCUCUGGAAUCUCAAUAUUAUUUUUGCCUUGUUAUUUAUUAGCCUUCUAUUCAAAAUAAUAAAUAUUAUUAAAAAUUGAAUCAGAUUAAAUAUUAAAUCAAGUUGGUUAAAAUAUAUAGUAUCUCAUUACAUAUAUUGUUGUAUAUUGGAUUUAACUCUUAGAAGAAUAAACAUCAAAUAAAAUUGCUGGAAUUUCUGAAACUAAGAAAUUAUUAUGCAAAAUAUUUUUCACUCAAUUUCAUUACAUAGAAAUAUCCAUCUUAUUUGUAAUGAUAAUUCCUUUGAGUGUAAGAUUAGUAACAUCAUUCUUGAAAAGAUAGUAAUUUAGUAGAAUUAGUUAAAUUGAUUAAUCAGAAAUGGAAAUGGUAUGA